AUGGAGCGUCGAAAGGAGUUCUGCACCCUGAUUGACAACAACUCAACUAUUUCCAGCACAUGGAUCCACGAAGUCUACCUUAAUCGAGAUGCAUUGUAUGGGGAAGAUGAGGACGCCAGUCCAGCGCUCAUUUUUGCAUUCGUGGAUGCAUUCCCAGAGCAGUUGGAAGGCCUGCAGACUCUCGUACUAAACACCCUGUCUAGCUUCAGGGGCUAUGCCUCACACGACUUCUUCAACAAGCUUUCCCAAUUCAGCACAGUAACCUCUCUGACCUUCUGGUGGUUCAAUCUUCCCGUCGAGACCUGGAACCCAUUCAUCUUAUCCUUCCCCCAGCUCUCAGACCUGCACAUACACAGCCUCUCUUUCAAGCAACCCAGCCAGAGCAUUUGGUUGAGAAUUCAGAACUUCCCUCGAUGCUUGCAGAUCCCGCCAAUUACCACCUUCUGA